CUUAAAAUUUAUCUAAAAAGUCCCUAGUCCUAAGAGUUUUUAUAAAAUUAUUCCCCAUUUCCCUAAAACUAGGAAAAUUUGUAAACCGUGGCUAUUAGUUAUUAUUAAUGCAUUAAUCACUCGGUAUUCUUAUCAAAACAAACAACAUUUAAAGUUCAAGUACUGACAACUACCGUACGUAUUUACAUUUUUUUAUUUUUUUUAUUAUAUAAUCACUGCGUGUGCAUGUUGUGAGGUUAUAUCUAAAUCAUAUUAUCAACAGCGACAACAGCCGUAAACGAAAAGAAAAUAAUUAAAAUAUAAUAUUUAAUCGAUGAUAAUUGAUUUAAAAUUCAUUGGAAGUGUUUUUUUCGUCUAGUGCAAUAACUCAUGAUUAUUUUAAGUUCAAAUCUGUCCUAAUAUCCAUAUUCCAGACGCUGACUAUAUUCUCAAAACUCUACACGACGUUUACACGUAAGUUAAAUUUAUAUGUAUUUUUUUCCAUACAAUUAUUCGAUUCACUAUUAGUAUUUACCUAGUUUGAAUUUAUCGGAGUAUAUUAAUAAAAUUGCAUUCUUAUAUAUACUUAUUAAUUUUUCUAAAUGAUUUAAAAAUGAUUUAAUGAAUUGAUCUCUCAGGGAAAUAUAAAGUUCUUUGGGUUACAUAUUAUUUUAAGCAAUUUGAGAAGUAUAGGUUUUUAGUUGAUUUUUUGAAAUAUUAUAAUUUAGCAUUAUAUCUUAAAGCUAUAUUUAGAAAUUUCUGAUUCUGUGUCAUUUGUUUGAAUGUCAUGCGUUUAAAUACUAUGUUUUUGUAUUAAUUAUAUUUAAGAUACAAUAUAAUGCGAAAAAUUGCAGAUAUAGACAAUUUUAUUGUAUUUUAUUUUUAAAUCUUUUAAUGAUAAUUAAUAAUUAAAUGUUUAGAUUUUGAGCAUAGUGACGUACAAACAUUUAAAGUGGUGAUGUAACACAACAUAUUUGUACUAUUCACAUUAUUUUUUUCAAACUGCAUUUGAAAUUUUAAACAUAAUAAUAAUGUAAUCCUUUAUCAUUAAGAUAAUGCACUUUAUGGAAUAUUUGAAAUUAUUAUUUAUGAUUGGAAUUUGUUUAUAUGGGUCAGAGGUUUGGUAGAUAAUUCAAACAGAAAACCACUGUGUGUGUGACAGAGAUUGGAAUAAGAUAAAUUUUCAGAGUUACUCGAGAAAACAAAACAAUUAAUUAUAAGAGGUAUCAUGCAAUGGCACCAAUUAUUAACAAACAAGAGAAAAUUGAUUGAGAUUAUAAUCUCAAUCAAUCAUUAUAAUAUGGGUACAUUAAAAUGAGGAUAUACCUAUACAGAAAAAUUGCAAAUAAAAUGAAUUUAGAGGGAAAUAGAGUAGGUACCUAAACAAAGUUGGUUAGAUAUGGCAAAGAGUGAUAUGAAAUUGAUUUGUUUGGGUGCGUGAAAAUAGUGUUGGUGAACCAACUGCAGUUGGAAGACCAGAGUGGCAUACAUUCAAUACUUAGGAGUUUAAUAAUUAUGUCAAAGCAUAGGGAGAAUGUUUAAGAUCAGAAUUUUUCAAUCACUUAAUUUUGUGUUUUAGAUCAAAAGUAUUCCUUGAUUGGUUAAUGAUUGCAAAAUAUAUACCUAUAUUAAUUUAAUACAAAUGUCAAAUCUCUGUUUGUAGGUAAUCUUAUUGCUUUAAUUUACUGUAUUUAUUCAUUGAGCUUAGGUUGUAUUAUCGCUAAUAUAUUUAUUUGAUAAUAUCUAUUAAAGUUUUAGUUAAUAAGCAUUAUAUUUUUAUAUUAAAAUGAGUAUAAAAUAAAAAAUAACAUAAAAUAUGGGCAAGAGAAAUAAAAAUGCUCACUUGAUUAAUAAUUAGAAAGCCAUUAGUAAUUAUAAAAUAUAUUAUGUGUAGAUGAUGGUAAGUGAAUAAUUAUUGAACACAUGUUAAAUAUUAUGAAGAUAUAACUGAGACUUCUCUCAGUUAUAUAAUCAAAAUAUAGUAUGCUAUUUAAAGAAAAGAUCUGAAGGGUGAACAAAGAAGAAUGAUAAAAGUGAUUUUUUCUUCUCAGUAAAAAUUAUUCAAAGAAGGAAAGAUUACGUAGAUUUACUUAGUAGAAAUGUUUGGGAAAUAUAUCAUAAUUGGAGUCAUAAUGUAGAUGUAUUGUGGAAAAAAUGCUAUGAUAAGAUGUCUGUGUAUUGGAAGUCCUACAAACUAUAUUUAUUUUACUAAAUUAUUUUUUAGAAUAAAUACACAAAGUAAUUUUUUAUUUAAAUAUUUUAACCUUAUCCAUAAGCACCAAAUUUGGUAUUUUAAUAUUUUAAAAUUAACUUUGGUAUAGAUUUUGGUAGGUAAUAAUUUUGUUUAUGGCGUCCUUAUUUUUGUUAAUCUGAUUUAAUUUACUUAUUUCUAAUGUUUUAUACUAUUUUAAUUGUCAUAAUAAUUGAAUAUAUAUAUUUUAAUCAGUUAUACACAUAUAAAUUUAAAAAAAAUAAACAAUUUUAGUUUUUAAGUAUUAUAAAUUGUGAAGUAUCGUAUUUUAAGUUUUAUUAAAUUUAAUUUCAUGUUUAUGUACAUUAAAACUACAAUUUGUCAAUUAAGAUUUAAACUAACAUUGAAUCUUUCACAUACAAUUUAUUUUUAUUGGGUUAAUAAAAACAAAUAUUUCUGAAAAUUAAAAAAAAUGAUUUAAAUAUUCUAUUAGCUUUUUAAAUGAAACCAGGAUUUUAAUUUAUAGAGUAGGUGUAAGAAAUAUUAAAAUAUAGAAUUUUACUCUCAAAACUUAAACAAAUAUUUUAAAAUAAUGGGUGUCUCCUAUUAAAAAUAAAUGCACUCAGUAUUCUGUCAAUUUUAAUUGAUACAAUUAUUGAUACUACUAUUAUUGCAAUCAAUAUUGUAAGAGAUAUUAUAGUUCUAGAAAAUAGUGUUAAUGUUAUGUAUGUAUAAUUGUUUAUCAAUUAUCAUGUCAGUAAAAUUAAUAGUUGUAUUUGAAUUAGCAAGGUCUUCAUUUUUGUGUUUAUGAUAUAAAGUAUGAUAUUGUUUAAUUAAUCAUUGUAUUUCAUCAAAUUUGAGAUUUGUCACUCAAUAUGAUUUUUUAAAUUUAAAUUUUCUUAGAAUAUUAUAACAUAACAAGAAUGCUUAGUGAAUAAUAGUUGAUAUUAUACACAUUAAUAAAAAACUAUAAACUUAUUUAAAAGUAAAUACCUACAGAUUUCUAUUUUACCCAUUUAUAGCUGAAGUUGUUAUGAAUCCAAUUUUAAAAACAAUCAAUUUUUCUAAAAUAUUUGACUUAGGUUGAUAUAUCACUGUAAUUUCCGCUAUGAUUGUAACAAAUUUUGACAUGAACUUAUUCCUCUAGAAUAUAAUUGCCCAAUACAAUUUAAUACAUUUUAUCUAUGCAAAGAAAAUAGAAGGAAAAUUACAUUUUUUUCAGACAUAUUAAUAAAAUAGUAGAAAAUAAAUUUAAAUUUGACAUAUAUAUUGAACAAAAAAACUAAUACAUGUCAUAAAAAUAUACAUAUACCUAUAUGUAUAUAUUAUAUUCAGUGAUUUUUUUCUAAUCUUAUGAUUAUGAUAUAAUGAUACAUUGUAAAAUAUUAUUCUAUAUACCAUUAUUAAAUUAUAAAAUACAAUUUGUAUUUAAAUUUAAUUAUUUUCUCCCAGUUUCUAAUAACCGGAAAAAUCUGAAUUACUGUCUGGGACAUGGGGAUCUACUCGUGAUACUAGGAUGUUUAGUAAGCUUACCUAUAUUCCAAUAUAUUCGAACCCUAUUUGGCAACAUAAGUAAAUGGCAAGUGCAUUAUUAUUUUUGUUAUUGUCUUACGGCACUAAUAUAUUAUGGCUUUGUUUUUGUUGUAACCGUCCGGUAUCAUAGACCAUCAGAUUUACCUUGGUUUUUAUUUAUUACCUAAUUUUUUUAAUAUGGAAAAUGAUCAUUUUUACUAGAAAACUUAUUUACUUUUAAUCAUUUUUUUUGUGAAUUUAUUGAGUUUUGUGUGUGUUAUAUAACAAACUAUUUUAUAUUUAUUUUCAUAGUUUUUUUGUAUUUUAUAUACAAUAUACAUAUAUAUAUUAUAUAUUGCAUAUCACAUUUUGCAUUUUCGUGUUCGCAAAUUGUUUAUUACUUAAUUAAAUUUUAGGGUAAUGUAUAGAUCACUUUUAAUUUAUAUAGACAAGUAAUAUAGUACUUAGUGUAGACUUUUAUUAUUAAUGCCUUAUUAAUCUGUUUAGUGUAAUGGAUCAUUUUAAUUUUGAUAAAUAUUACCAUUUAUUUAUGUUUUUACAUAUUCAAUUUUUUUUUAAUCUUUGUAUUUUAAAACACAGAAUAAUAACUGGAGAAUAAUAAAAUUUAAAUAAUUACAUAAAUCUCAACAAAAACACGCAGUUACCUAAUAGAAAAUUAUUUUAUAAUCACAUAGAAAAAGCAAUUAAAUAUGAGAUUGGAUACUUAUGUCAUUACAAUAACUAUUUUAACAAUAUUGAAAUAGUUUUUAAUGUUUCUAUUCACUAAACAAUAAGUAAGGCAUCAACUAAUUUUAUCUUUUUUAUUAGUGAUUUUUUUUUUGUUUUUGUGUUUUGUGAAUUUAUAGGUUUUAAUGUGAUACUAUAUAUUUAUAUCAUCUGAAUAUUUUUCCAAAGUCCAGAGUCAGAAUUAUGUCGCUGUCAAAGUGUCACCAAUUAUCGUCACUUUUGUGUAAACAACAGAAAAACUUGCGAUUGAUGUCAACAUGGUGGUCUAAGGUACAGCAAGGACCCCCAGAUUCAAUACUUGGUGUCACAGAAGCUUUUAAAUGCGAUCAAAAUCCACAAAAAAUUAAUUUAGGGGUAGGUGCUUACAGGGAUGACAACGGUAAACCCUAUGUUUUGCCUAGUGUAAUUCAGGCAGAAAAUCAGUUAAUUAAAAAAAAUUUAGACAAGGAAUAUGCUCCAAUUACUGGCAUUUCUGAGUUCUGUAAUGAAGCUUUAAAGUUGGCAUUGUCCAGUGAAUCACCUAUUAUUAAGAACAAAUGCUUUGCUUCGCUUCAAUCUUUAUCAGGAACUGGUGCUUUAAGAGUUGGUGGUGAAUUCUUAUACAAAUAUGCACCAUUAAAAACGAUUUGGGUACCUAUUCCCACUUGGGGUAACCAUGGCCAGAUAUUUAAGUUUUCUGGAUUGGAAGUAAAAACAUAUAGGUAUUAUGAUCCAAAGACUUGCGGACUUGAUUUUGCCGGAAUGGUUGAGGAUAUAAGUUCUGCUCCUCAAGGGUCAGUAAUUUUAUUACAUGCUUGUGCUCAUAAUCCUACAGGUGUUGAUCCCAAACCAGAACAAUGGAAAGAACUAUCCGCAUUGUUUAAAAAACAAGAUUUAUUCCCAUUUUUUGAUAUGGCAUAUCAGGGAUUUGCCUCUGGUAAUGUUGAUCGGGACGCCAGUGCAGUUCGCACAUUUUUAUCUGAUGGUCAUCAAAUUGCUUUGGCGCAGUCAUUUGCCAAAAAUAUGGGUUUAUACGGAGAACGAGUGGGAUUAUUUUCUCUGACCACACUGGAUACAGAUGAAGCAGCUCGUGUGUUAUCUCAAUUAAAGAUCAUUGCACGUGGUAUGUACUCGAACCCACCCAUCCACGGAGCUAGACUUGUAGCAGAAAUUUUAUCUAAUCCUCAACUCAAGGAUCAGUGGUUGGUUGAAGUUAAGGGCAUGGCAGAUAGAAUCAUUUCAGUUAGACAUCAAUUAAAAGAUCUUUUAGUUAAGGAAGGCUCUGUAAGAAAUUGGGGUCAUAUAACCGACCAAAUUGGUAUGUUUUGUUACACGGGACUUAAUAAAGAUAUGGUUAAAACAAUAACUGAAGAGCACAGCGUAUAUUUGACAAAUGAUGGUCGUAUAUCAAUGGCUGGUGUUACUACUAAGAAUGUUGCUUACUUAGCUAAAGCUAUUCAUCAAGUAACAAAGUAACUAACUAGUUUAAUUAAUUAUAAUCUUAAUGUAAUAAAGAAUUUAAUAGUAAUUAAAAUAUCAGUACUUAAUAAUUAUUAUUGUUAAAGUUGUAAUUUGAAAUCCUCUAUUUAUUUAAUUUUUCAACACCACAUUUUUAAAUUUUCACCUAUAAGUAUAUUUAUAUUAUUAAUUAUGCCUUUAGUCAAUCACAUUAAUUUUGUUUUGGAUUGAUAUUGAAUAAAAAGUUUUUUUCUUUUUAAAA